AUGGCCGAAGCAGCGUUUGCCAGAACCUUUCUCUCAACCCUCGAUGCCCGCCCCAUCAAGCUCUCCGCAGACCAUGUCGAGGACCCCAAGUACUAUCCGGCACGGCCGCCUUAUAUCCUGCCGCGGAUGGCCAAGCCCAUGAGCAAGCCGAAAACACUCGCGCCCGGACAGGAGCGCAGCGUGACAGUAGUCUUAAAGUCACUGCGGAACCCACCUCUGGAUAUCAAGCUCACCUCGCAACCGCUCAACACCUCACUGCUCGACAUCAAAACAAAGAUUUCGAGCCAGACUAGGAUACCCGUCGACAAGAUGAAGAUUCUUCACAACAAGAGACCCCUGACGGAUAGCAAGAUUCUCAAAGAAGUUCUGGGGGAGACCGACAUGUCUGUCGAGUUUUCCGUCAUGGUCAUUGGAGGUGCCGCAGCCAUUCCACCAGAGGAGACCGCUUCCCCGGCGUCGAGGCAGCCGACGGGGACUGUCGCGGUGGACUCCGACGCCUUCUGGGUGGAUCUCAAGGGUUUCCUGAUGCAGCGACUGAAUGACCAGGCGACGGCCGAGGAGCUCUCGCGCCUCUUUCGAGCGAGCUGGGAAUCAAACAAGUCAGGCCCAUAA